AUCGUUCUGAGACUGACUUGGCGAUUCUGUGCUUCGUUCGGCCUCGCAUUUGCAGAGGGUGCAGAGCUGUAGGGGAGCUAUUCUGCAAUCAAUUCGCCCAUCUACGUGGGCGGGCUAUGAUGGACGGAGGAUUGAUGGGCUAGAGAGAAGCCCAUCGAGUGAGAAGUGAGAAGUGAGGAGCAGGAGCUCGGUGAAUGUUCGAAGAAGCUGCCGUAUUUGACGCAUGCAUGCCACUGCUUCUCGCUCUGUACAAGAAGUCAUCGAGUGCGGAGCUUCCCAGCCGAGGGAGGAGGACCGGUAGUGGACUCUAUCACUCUUCGGUUCAGCCGGAUGUACUGACUGAUUGUUGGUCAGCUGCUAGCCGAGGUGGUGUUGGUGUGGGUGCCGGUGGGCUUUGGGAUGUCCACUGGAGUGAAGGACUGCGAGUGAGAGCGAGCGAGUGGACUAGUGGGCGAAGUGCAGCGUGACGAGGAGUGGAACCAUUCAUUGAUGCUCGACUUGAAGCCGAGCAUCAGCUGGCCUGCUGUCCGAGUUCCGAAGCCGACCUGAUGUCACUGUGCUCAACGAGUUGCGAAGCACGUCUGACACUGAGACGAGCCCGCAGGGUGCUCUGAGAUCUCCACACUAACCGCAUGGUGAUGUAACGGGAGAGUGAAUCUUCUGCUCAGGAAACAUGUAAACGGGCUCAUUUGUUAGCAGGACAUUUUAAAGAUUUGAACUUCAACCGAAAAGCUUCACCGUCGUUUCCGACAAUGUAGGCAAUUCCUGCCACAUCGCUGCACGAGGAGACGAGUCCGAGCUCGGACCAGAAGCUGGAGGUCCGACACCUGACAAGCAUGUAAUACUCUCGAGCCUCCGAAAUUCAUCCGGUCUUUGCAGACGACGCUGCAUCGUCCACUUCGCAGUGAAGCAUUGCGGACGGGGAAGGAUCCGAAGGAACUCCGGAUCAGCAGGUUUUCGUCGUCUCCGAAGCAGACGCUGAGGUCUGACCGCAGCUCAGGAUGGCUCAUCACCAGCACGAGAACAACGUCCGGCCUCAGGAUGGCACUGGCGGCGGAUACGACGAAGAAGCUCAGAACGGACACCACGACGCCGCAGCGGCGAAGAAAAAUUCGCUCGGGCAGUGUUUCGAAGCGUCGCCAUUCGCAUCGGAGCCAGUCCUCGAGUCCGAAAGGAAGCUGUCGUGGGUGCCGAAGCUGCCCCACACUGAAAUCCUCCGAAAGAUCGUCGCAGAGAUGAUCAGCACCUACAUCGUAGUCUUCUCAGGGUGCGCUGCGGCGAUGGUCGACGCUACGAGCAAUGGACAAGUGACUCAUCUCGGGGUGUCCGCAGCGUUUGGCCUCGUGGUGAUGAUCAUGAUCUACGCAGUGGGCCACAUUUCUGGCGCCCACAUGAACCCGGCUGUCACUCUGGCCUUCGCUACCGUGCGGCAUUUUCCUUGGGGCCAGGUGCCGCUCUACAUAGGCGCCCAAUGCGCAGCUGCAAUUUGCGCCUCGUUCUCUCUCAGGCUCAUUUUUGACAACGUCGCAGGGCUCGGGGCAACCAUUCCUGCCGGAAGUGCUGCGCAGUCGUUCGCACUCGAGAUUAUCAUCACAUUCAUUCUCAUGUUUGUGGUAGCAGCGGUUGCAACCGACUCACGUGCUGUCGGAGAGUUGGCUGGAAUCGCCGUUGGCUCAGCGGUUGCAUUGAAUGCCAUUCUCGCAGGGCCGAUAUCAGGGGCAUCGAUGAACCCGGCGAGGAGCCUCGGGCCCGCAAUCGCCGGCAACAAUUACACACAUAUCUGGGUCUACAUCGUCGGCCCCGUCUUGGGAGCGAUCUUCGGUGCCUGGGGCUACGCCCUCAUCAGAGGCUCAGAACCCACGCCAGCGGAGCUCGAGCACCUGAAGAAGAGCAAGAGCUUGAAACGCUGAUCGAUCUUAUCUACCGCCGACGUCUUCGCCGACCUCGUGUCUGGCUCGGAGCAGAUCGCUCGUCAAAUCUCGAGGAUUCGCAUCCGAAGCUGGAUAGCAAGCGCAACGCGCCGUGCUCCCCAUUGUAUAGUAUUGUAGUCCGGCCAGGCCGUAUAAUACGUAGGAGAAGCGCUUUAACCUACGGUACUAGUAAUUUGUGAUUCCAGAUAUACGUAGCUAGCGAGGCUUUCAGACAGACCAGCGCAUCCGUCGUACCAGGGAGGGACAGAUGGAGCGCAGCCGUAGAAGCUCUGUUCCUUCCAAGGCCUGCCGGCUGGUCCCUAUGGCGGACUCCUCCCGUUAGUUGUAUACAGUAGAGGGUACCCUGUAGUACGUGCACAGGUACGGUGGCCGCUGUUUUUCUUCUGGCGACCAUCCCCUUCACUUCUCUUGAAUUCGUGAUCCAUCCAUCUCCAUCGAUUAAUGGCAAGAGAUGUCUUCCUCCACCUCC